UAUUUUUCCUUGUUCUUAUUUGUGUAGAAACUUUUUUUUGGUUAAUUAAAUGUCUUCUUUUCUAAUUCUUUAAGUAGGUACUCCCUGCUUCCGUGGGUAUGGUAGGAGAAAUGGAGAGCGUAGGAGGAAGUCAGUUCGUGGAUGCAUUGUUAGUCAAGAUCUUUCAGUUUUGAACUUGGUUAUUGUGAAAAAGGGUGAAAAUGAUCUUCCUGGACUGACUGACACUGAGAAACCAAGGAUGAGGGGUCCGAAGAGAGCAUCAAAAAUCAGGAAGUUGUUCAACCUGUCUAAGGAGGAUGAUGUUCGGAAGUAUGUUUAUUAAGCUGAUGCAGUUGAUAACAGGAAUGUUGGAGUAAAUUCUAGGAAGCCAGAAGUUAAAAAUGAUAUAGAAGAAGAGAUGUCUGUGAAGCAUCUGACAAUGAAGAAAAGAGUCAUUUGUGAAUUGCAAAAUCAAUAGGUUAACCCCAAACUUGUUGGCCAUUCAAAGAAGAAAUCCAGUCACUUUCGUGCUCGUGGCUGUAAAGCAGCAAUUGAGGGGUAUAGCCAGCCUUCUCUGCCAACAAGAGGUGAAAUGCUAUAUGAAGCAGUUACUAUCAGGGUUAGAGCAUUGCCACAAACAAGGUGUUUUGCAUCGUGAUAUCAAAGGUUCUAAUCUGCUUAUUGACAGUGAAGGCAUUUUAAAAAUUACGGAUUUUGGGUUGUCUACUUCUUAUGACCCUGAGCAGAAGAAACCCCUGACUAGUCGAGUAAUCACUCUCUGGUACCGUCUACCUGAACUACUUCUUGGGGCAACUCAUUAUGGUGUUGGGGUUGACUUCUGGAGUGCUGGCUGCAUUCUGGCAGAACUGCUUUCAGGGAAGCCUAUAAUGCCAGGAAGGACAGAGUUCUUUAUGACUGAACCAUAUGCUUGUAAUCCAUCAAGUUUACCAAAAUAUCCUCCCAGUAAAGAAAUUGAUGUAAAAUUGAGAGACGAAAAAGCAAGACGACAAAGAAAUAUAGCCGGCAAAGUCAAUGCAGUUGAUGUUACCAGGAGAAGUAAGGGUCACGAACGCCCUACUCGAGCAGUUCCAGCCCCUGAAGCAAAUGCAGAGAUUCAAGCAAACUUAGAUGUGAGUGUGAGACUUUGCUAUACUUCCAAUUGUCAAUUGCACCUUAUAAGGUUCAAGUUGAUAAAGUUUCCAAGCUGCAUAUUUCUUGUGAUGUAAGUUAGUUCAGUUAUGAAUAUUAGCGUUAUACUUAGUUCUCAGGUGUCGAGCUUUAGAUGUAUUGCUAGUCACUAGUACCUUUGUAAGCAUAGUUGCUUAGCAUUAAACCUACACUAAUCACUUAAGAGUUCUAACUUUUGGA